AGUACAAGUCGCACCUCGCUCUGGUUCGCAACAAUCGCGAAGUGCCGCCGCCGGUCCGGAGACAACAUGGGAAAAAAGGCAGAGAUCGGUGAAACCUGCGCUAAACGACCGAUCCGUCGCUCAAAAUCCGCCGGCUCGAGCCUGCUCCGAUUAAUCCUAAUAUCGUUAGCCGGCUCCGCGCGUUCCCUGCAGCAGCGUACAAACGCAAACACAGUUCUCCCGGCGGCGAAAGGGACGACGGAAGGGCCGCUGAAGAUCUCGAUCGGUAAAACAGCAUCCUCCGGAUCGUCGAACAGGGUUCCGGAGUACGUUUGUCCCGGUAACGAGCUUCUCGGUUUGGCGAGAAUAUUCAGCGUGCCUUGCGAAACCGACUCGGAAUGCGUCUUUCUCGGUGCGGAUCAACGCUGCUGCAAACUUCGGUGCAGAAAAGGAGUUCUAGCGCCGCCGAGGGAGCCCGAACACCGAGCCGUCCUGGGAGUAAAUCGUAUGUGCCCUAAGGGACCGGUGCCCGAACUUUUACCUGUGAAGAGGUGCGAGGCUGACAUUGAGUGCGAGGAAGAAGGACGGAUAUGCUGCCCUGACAAGGACUUUAAACUCUACUGUCGAACCGCAGCCCCGGUAUGGUCUCAGCUUCCUUUUCCGCGCGCUCACGCUGCGAUAAUGUCUCUGAUGGAAUACAUGCAGUGUCAAAUGGCACCCCCCCCAGUACUCGACUUGUUUCCACAACCUUGUAAUCGGACGAUAGAGUGUCUUCCGAAUUUAUGCUGCCAAGAGGGGCCGAGCAAAUUUUGCAGACCACCUAGGAAAUCUGUACUAGCAUUGGUUGCUCAGGCUACGCAGAGGUUUGCAAGGGGCUGAAUAGUUGCGGUGGACCGAAAGAUGUGAAGGAAAAAGCGGUUGAUCUGUCUAAUUUUUCAAUUACACAGUCAUUCUGAAGCAAUGGUGAUAGGAAUAUUAAUUUAGCACAAAUGAGAAUGAAAGAAAAGUUGGCGUUUUUUUUUUUUUAAAGCUGUUUUACUGAUUCCCCAUCAUAAGCGAAACAUACAUUUAAAUAAUCGACAUCACUAACAUACUCGUGGACAAAAUUAUUCAAUAUCAAUUCAUUUUCUUUCUUAUGUUUAUAUACUUCAUAUUCAAAUGAAAGCUUGUUUAUCAUACGAAUCAG